AUUGAGUAUUGACAAACAGAAAUGUUGUUUCUUGCGACGAAUAACUUUAACGAAGCUAAUUCGAAACACCUAACAAAUCAACAGUAUGCAGAAUAAUGGAAAUCUUUCUAAUAAUGUUAGUGGAUUCAUCGAAACACCUGAACUGAUACAGAAAGGAUAAUUGUUGCAUUGAAAUUUCACCGAGCUCUUCACACUUUCAGUAAAAUGGAAUCAUACCAUGCCAAAAAGAUCCUACUCAUCAAGGAAGAACCAUCAAACAACCCAGUACCGUUUGUCUCUCCAGCAAUAGGUUUCCCAAAGCCACACCAAUGUGAGAUAUGUGGUAAACAAUUUGCUCGUAAAAAUUUUUUCGACAAACAUGUUUUGAAGCAUGGAAACGAAAAACCAUUUAGUUGCGAUCUUUGCAAAAAGAAGUUUACAUGCAAAAGUGUCUUAAAAGCACAUAUGGUCGUCCACACUGAUGUCAAACCGUUUGAAUGCACUAUUUGCGGAAAAGAUUUUGUUGCUAAACGCUUUCUAACUGUCCAUAUGUCUAGGCAUACAGGUGAAAAUCCGUACAAAUGCCCUGUCUGCGAAAAAGAUUAUUCCAGUAAAGGCUGUCUAACGCAACACAUGUUUACUCACGGGACCAUAUAUCAACAUAAUUGUGAUGUGUGUGGCAGAGGUUUUCACGAUCGUGCAAAUUUCAAGUACCACGUACGCAUCCACACAGGAGAGCGACCGUUCAAAUGCAGUAUAUGUGACAAAGGUUUCAUCCGUCAAAUCAAUCUUGUGGAUCACUUGCGCCUUCAUACAGGUGAGCAACCAAACCAAUGCAAUGUUUGCAAAAAAAAUUUUACCACUAAACGGAGUCUCAACCAACACAUGCUUGUUCAUACGGGUGAUUAUCGAUAUAAGUGCGAUGUGUGUGGCAAAGGAUUCACUACUAGCACAUUUUUGAAAAUACACAAGAAUAUGCACACGGGUGAGCGUCCAUACAAGUGCACUGUAUGUGAAAAAAAAUUCUCUAGUAAACGUGCUCUUACCCGUCACAUGUUUAUUCAUGGAACCGACUAUCAUUACAAAUGUGAUGUGUGUGGCAAAGGCUUCCAUAAUCGAUCAAACUUUAAGGUCCACGAGCGCAUUCAUACCGGCGAACGACCGUUUAAAUGCACUAUAUGUGAUAAAAGUUUCAUCUGCCAAAGCCAUCUUAUAACACAUAUGCGUCAUCAUACGGGCGAUCGGCCAUACUCGUGCACUAUAUGCGGGAGAGAUUUCUUUUCUAAAUACAAUCUAACCAAACAUAUGUCCAUUCAUAAUUAUGAGUACAGGCAUACGUGUGAAGUGUGUGGUAAAGGAUUCAUGAGCAGUUCACAUUUAAAAGGACACGUCAACAUUCAUACCUGAGAGCGGCCUCAUAAAUGUACCGUUUGUAACAAAGGUUAUACUCGCGAAGAGUAUUUAAUCGGACACAUGAGGGUUCAUCAGAGUAAGGAAUUGGAGCACCAGUAAAGAUUCUAUUCACAAACAGCAGCAUUAUAUAAUAGCAUUAUAUAUCAAAUAAGUAAAAAAUAAAAUGAAUAAUUUUCAACAAA